UUUCCAUUUUAGUUUUUAGUUUUAUUUUAUUUUUUGACUUCUUUUAGCUUAGUGCAUUUUAUUUCAUUUUGUCCUAUUUCAAAUUAAUUUUAUUAUUUUUAACUCAGCUAAUUCAUCUGUGCGAACACACCUUAUUUCAUUAGCAAUGAAAAGAGUAAAAAUUGCUUCUCGCUCAGUCGAAUCCUUAACGCUCGCCUGCAGGGUCGAUAUACAUAUAAGCAAUUAAAAAAGGCACCCAUUAUGAAAUAAUGGAAAUCUAGUUUAUUUGAUAAGCGAUAACCGUGAAUCACAAAAAAGAACAUACUGAGUGCUCUGAUGAGGCUUCCGGUCGGGAAUUCGGAGAGAUUACAAGUUACUCAUACUGCGAAACAGUGCUCUCACGUUCGUAGUGUGUAAUCAACGCUAUGUGAGCGCGCUCUCUGUUAGACGUACAGUAAGAACGCAUAACUAUCUUCUGAUAAUAACAAAUGAAUGAACAAAUGAAUGAACAAAUGAACAAGUAAAAUAUAAUAUAUGUAAAACUCUUCAACUUAUAAUCAAUAGCUGGAGUUCUACCACAAAAAGUUAACACCAUAAGCGGUUCAGUUAGAAUUCGGACCCAAAAGCAGACGGUUGUUUUGGUACACCAUUAUAUACACUGUAGAUAACGUAGUGGCUAGAUAAGCGAAGUAGUGUGAAACGAAACCGAAAAGUUAACAAAUGAAGUAACAAACCGAACGAGUAAUAUAUAAAAACAUUAAAUAAAGCAGUGACAGAUACAUACAUACUCGUACAUAUGUAUGUACUUAUAGAGAGUAAAAAAAAUCGCAUAAAUAUGGAGGAAUUACAAAUGGAAUUGACCGGCAAGAAUAUUGUUUAUAUUGGUGGUUUUGGUGGCAUCGGUGUCGAGACAAGUAAACUUUUAGUGAAAAAUGGUGUCGCGAAUCUUAUGAUACUCAAUAAAACUUGGAAUGAAUCGGCUUACAACGAAAUAUAUCUGGUCGAUACAAAUAGUGUUUGCCAGUUUAUGGCAUUUGACGUCACAGCUGGCUUGGCUGAAACUCGUAGUAUAUUCGCGAAAAUAGUGGAGAAACUUGGUCAUAUUGAUGUGUUAAUAAAUGGUGUUGGCAUAUGUGAGGAAAGAGAUUUCGAUUUAAUAAUUUCAACAAAUUUAAUGGGCACAAUAAAUACCACACUCGUUGCCUACGAUCACAUGGAUAAGAGUAAAGGUGGCAGAGGUGGUGUUAUUGUGAGUAUUGCGUCCGUAGCUGCGCUAACACCUUUUGUAAUAUUGCCCAUAUACAGUGCGACGAAGGGAGGCAUAUUAACCUUUACGCGUGCAUUGGCGGCACUAAAACCGAAAACAGGUAUUACUCUCUCCACCAUUUGUCCCGGCCCCACGGAAACUAGCCAGUGGACCCGCAUGAACUCCUCUAUCUGCAAGGAAAUAGACUUUAAAGGGUAUGCUCGUGGACGAAAACAUACUUUACAGUCUCCAGCUGAAUGUGCGAUAAAUAUUGUAAAAGCCAUUAAGACAAACGAGAACGGUGCUACGUGGAUGUGUGAUUUGGGGCAAUUGAAAUUGGUGGAAAUAAAAAAUUUCUGGACGCCACCAUGUGGAAAAGGCCAAUGUUGUGAAACAGCAGAGCAAAGAAAUAAUACGCCUUGUGGGUCUGUGGAAAGACAAGAGACGAAACAAAAUCAAGAUGGAAAGCAAAGAGAUAAGCCAAAUCAAGAUCAGGAAGAGGGACUGCAAAAUAAAACGACAGAGAAAGUUGCCGCACUGCCGCCUAGAAAACGGAAGUAUGAAGUCUCCGAUUUGGGUAGAGAUAUGCAAAAUAUGAAGACUUCGCUAAAUAGUUAGUCCUGGAUAAUGUUGUUAUUUUAAGUGAUUUUACAUGAAAAUAGGUAUUUCGGCAAUAUAACAGUAUUUUGGUCUA